UGGCUGGUAUAUGGUGCUCAGCAUGGCAGUCACUAGUAAUACCUGAAAGAAGAAAUUCAUCUUAUGGCCCAGAGGAACAUCUGUGAAGUUGCUUUCGAUGGGGAAUCCUCGGAGAGGGUCAGCUACCUUCAGAAGGAAGCUCUGCAUAUACUUAAAGCUUCAUUGCUCCAUCUGACUGCCUGUAGCUAUGGGCACUAGAGACCUGGUAGGCUGGACCUUCCAGCAUUGCAGGCAGUGAUAGACAACUUACGAUGAAGUAAAAAAAGACUCGGGGGAGAGGGGUGGGUGGGUGACAGGCAAGAUUCCAUAGAGGAGCAACAACAAUAACAAGAACCCACCACCAACAAAAAGGAAAAAAAAAAAAACAACCGAAGCAAGCUCCACUAUGACCUUUAGUUUUCAGUAACGACCAGCAGGGGGCGCUCCGAAAUUGUUGCAACUUUCCGGACAGCCUCCUAAGAAUGACCCUCUAGAAAAUCGUCUCCUGUUUCCGGUUCUUCUCAGUAGCAGAAACUCGUAAGUUUUCGGCAGUUUCCGGGGAAACUCGGGAACUCUCGCGCCUGGCAGGCUCGAGCCGAUCGCUCCGUGCAGAGGCGCAGGGUCUCGGGGUAGUCAUGGCGUCCCCAUCUCGGAGGCUGCAGACUAAACCAGUCAUUACUUGUUUCAAAAGCGUUCUCUUGAUCUACACUUUCAUCUUUUGGAUCACUGGUGUUAUCCUUCUUGCCGUUGGCAUUUGGGGCAAGGUGAGCCUGGAAAAUUAUUUUUCCCUCUUAAAUGAGAAGGCCACCAAUGUGCCUUUUGUGCUCAUUGGCACAGGCACUGUCAUUAUUCUCUUGGGCACCUUUGGUUGUUUUGCUACCUGUCGAGCCUCUGCCUGGAUGCUGAAACUGUAUGCGAUGUUUCUGACGCUCAUUUUUUUGGUCGAACUUGUUGCAGCCAUUGUAGGAUUUGUUUUCAGACAUGAGAUCAAGAAUAGCUUUAAAAGUAACUAUGAAAAUGCUCUGAAGGAAUACAACUCUACAAAAGAUUAUAGAAGUGAGGCUGUAGACAAGAUCCAAAGUACGUUGCAUUGUUGCGGUGUCACCAAUUACAGAGACUGGAAAGGUACAAACUAUUACUCAGAAACAGGAUUUCCCAAGAGCUGCUGUAAACUGGAGGGCUGUUAUCCACAGAGAGAUGCAGAUAAAGUCAACGAAGAGGGUUGUUUCAGAAAGGUCAUGACAACUAUAGAGUCAGAAAUGGGAGUCGUUGCUGGAAUUUCUUUUGGAGUUGCCUGCUUUCAGCUCAUUGGAAUCUUUCUCGCCUACUGCCUCUCUCGCGCCAUAACAAAUAACCAGUAUGAGAUAGUGUAAUCAGUACACACAUGGGCUUAUAUCUCCCUCAGUUUUAAGGUUACCUUUGUGAGUUAUAACAGCGCCUGGAUGGAGACUGACAUCUGCUUAGCCUGAAAAGCUAUACCAGUAGGCUGCUUCGAUCAAGAUCUUUGUGUAUUGUGUUCUAUGUCCACUUUCUGUCCUAUUCCUAUACCCCUGUAUCUCUAAAACACUGGAAGAGCUAGUAAAUUGUAAAUGAAAUAAUACUAUGUUUCUCUUGGGUUUUAUUUCUCAGUGUAGGACUUGUGAGAAGUGCUGUGAAUUUGCCAUUUUCCUAACAGUGUCACUGAUGGAACUUUAACCCCUACAAAUUUGUUGUUGAUGUAGUGUGAUAGAAAAUUGGCCUCCUUGAGUGGGCCUUGUACUAGUCAUAAUUUGUGUGGCUUGAUUAUAUAAUCUUCUCCAAAAAGGAAAGUUGCAUUGUGUAAUUUCAUUCCAGCUAGUCAUCAGAUGGUGCCCAUCAUUGGCAUUCCUGGGUGGUAGUACCAGUCUCAGGCUUUGGGUGCAAAGGACGGAGACUAAGAGCCUCUAUCCAUAUUCUGUGAUACAUCAGCUUUCAGCAUACAUUGUAUAUAUUUUUGUCACCAAACUAAGGCAUUUGUACUGAUUAUACUUUGUUAUUUGAAAGGUUAUAAUUACUCUAAUGGCAUCAGAACUCUUGUGUUUUCCUUGUGAAUUUACUGGAAAUUACUUGAUUAACUUCAGCUAAAUUUUCCUCACCAAGCAAAUCAUACUUCAUAUCAACUGUCAACAUUUUGGUUAACUUUAAUAGUAUUCAUUUUAUUUUGUAUCCUUGAUUAAUAAAUAAAAACCCUUUACACAAUAAA